AUGAUUCCCCAUCGAAGCACGGGGCUGUUGGCUAUCAUUGUCUUUGUUGCGCUCCUCCUGUUUAUCUUUUCGUCCUCUCCCAUCCCUGAGCCAACAGUGGAAGGAGAGGAGGGAUCAGAGCCAGCUAAAUAUCAUGUGCCUUUACCGAAACUCCCAUCGCUGAGCAAUUUCCACCUGCCGUCCUUCCGUCCUCCAUCGCACGAGCCUCCAGUCGAGCAAUCAAACAGCACGAGCGGCGAGUCGAAGUGGUUUACCACAUGGGAAUGGAAGAACCCGUUCUCGUCGGCCAUUACCCUGGAUGAGAGCCGCUCCGUCCUUCCUCCGCUGCAGGAACGCCGUCGAAUCUACACCUAUUAUAAUCCCGAAUACAAUCCCAAGAAGCACCAUGGCAAGGACUUGAAGGAUGACCACACUUCCGAUGACCAACUCCUGUUCACCUGGCGACGAGCUUGGUUCGCGCAGGGGUUCCGGCCAGUGAUCCUCACUCCAGGAGAUGCUAUGAAGAACCCACAGUAUGAGGUGGUGCAGAAGUUGAACCUCGGCCCUGAUCUGGAAAACGAGGUGUUCCGUUGGUUGGCCUGGGGCCACAUGGGAACCGGUCUACUGGCUGACUUUGAGUGCUUUCCUAUGGCGCGAUACGACGACUAUCUCCUGACGGCUCUCCGGCGGGGCAUGACACCCGAGUUCAUUACACGUUUUGACAAUUUCAAGGGCGGGCUCUAUUCGGCAGAAAAGCAAGUCAUUGACAAGGCAAUUCAAAGUGCCGUCGAUAAGCUGGACGACAAAUCUACCUCAUUCUCGGACCUGGUUGAUCCUGAAUUGUUCAAGGUGGAGCAGCCGACUGCCCUGGCGUACUAUAGGUCUUCCAACAUUAACUCACACUACCCGGCUGUGCACGAAAAGAUCAGCCAAAACCCCGCGGCUGGUCGACUACAGCUGGUGGAGCUGAUCAAUGCACACCUUCACAACACUUUUCAGAACGCUUUCCCGGCGGGCCUGGCAGUCCUGAAGCCCUUCCCUCAGUAUACUACGGCUCUGGUGGAGCCUGCACUGCGCUUGGCUAAAGCCCUCAUCCAGUGCCCGGAAUCUCCAGUGCCGAACUCCUGCCCGCCCAACAUUCCCGAAUGCCGUCCCUGUGGCUCUGCAAAGUCCCCCAUGCGGAUUAGUCAACCCUCCAGCUUCAAAAACACUUCAUUCCUAUUCACUAUCGGGACUCUGCCUCAUCCAUAUACUCUUGUCAGCUUGCAAAGGAGCUCCGAUGAGGUGACUACGCGCCAAAUCCGCCGUGAGACUGAGCGUGAUCCAUGGCUUGCCGACGUGACAAAGGAUCACCUUGGGGAGGACCUUGGCGCAUCAUCCCGGGGUGCAGUGUUUAAGCAGGUCGUUGCCGGUGAGCAGGCCGUUGCCAACUCGUUGUGGAUGACUGUCGAGUCCCUCCCCGCAGAGGCCGGCCAAAGUCUUCCGGGAGAUCUUUUGGAUGAAUUCGAGUGGCAAUUCGGAUUCAAAAUCCCACGCAGUGGCGCCAUCGAUCCGAAUACCGCAGGUGAUAAGGAGAGCGUCCAGAACAAGAACCCCAGCCAGCAGGGCGUGGGCAAGGAGUACGAGCUGAUCCAAAAGGCUCGCGAGAUCAUCAAGAGCAAAGACACCAACCAGAUCAACAUCAAGGAUGUUGCUGAAGCCUGGAACCUGGCGGAUGCUGAGGUGUGGCGAUUCGUGAAAGCUUAUCGGGCCCGAAGUGUCGUCGAGCGCAAGCAGUGGGAGGAGGAGGAGAAAGCUUUUGCUGGCUCCUCGGCAUAA